UCGACUAGUCCAGGAGAGGAAGUUGCCAAAGGCGCAGAGCCUUAUCCUCUGGUACCAGAGUCUGAAGUCUGUGGUAUCCUUGGGUGACCCGCUGCCAUGUCUGGUUCAAAGACGCCCUUCAGGUCCCUGGCCUCUACUAACGGGUCGAGCUUCAUGGCAGCCGCUGAGGCAGCACUCCAGACCCAGGUUCCUCUUGGUUCCUUUUCACCUACCAAUGAAGAAAGGGGCCGUGUGGAAUUCAAGGACGUGGCUAUCUACUUUUCGGAAGAAGAAUGGACACUUCUUGAUGACUCUCAGAGGUUCCUGUACAGCAGUGUGAUGAUGGAGGUCUUUGUCCUCGUGGCCUCAUUGGGACUCAUACCUGCUGGGGUCUGUGACAUCACUCAGCUGGAGUCUUCAGGAGGUCCCUUCACCCCUACACUGAGAUUUAAGGCUCCAGGAUAUUGGAACAGAGAGGAUGAGAUGUCACCCAGUGAGUGGAGUACUUCUUCCGAAGAAGGGAUUGAUGCAACCGUGCUUGAAUGCCAGAAGCAGAGAUGUGCUAAGAAACCCCUACAAAGGAAACAAGACAGGAUUCCAGCUAUGAAGACUGGCAGAAGUGACCCUCCAGAGAAGACAUCACAAAGCACAGACCAUGUGAUGGACUUCCAGGACUCUUCAAGUCGUCUUGGGUCUCAGGUGACUCCCAGCACUGGGCAGCCACACAGAAGCUCUGAGAACGCAGACUCCAUUCAGUCUGAGAAUGGAAACCACAAGUGCAGUGACUGUGGCAAAACUUUCAGUCUUAAGUUCCGGCUUAUCCGACACCAGAAAAUACACACUGAAGAAAGGCCUUUUAAGUGCCAUGAAUGUGGGAGAUCCUUCCGGCAAAAUGCCCAUCUCAUUGUGCACUUGAGAAUCCACACUGGAGAAAAGCGAUAUAAAUGCAGUGAAUGUGGGAAAGCUUUCAAUUAUAAAAGCUCUCUCACUCAACAUCUGAAUGCCCACAAUGGAGAAAUGCCCUAUAAGUGCAGUGAAUGUGGGAAAUUGUACAGGAACAAAUCCAGCUUGGUAUGUCAUUAUCGAAUCCAUACCGGGGAAAAGCCCUUUGAGUGCACUGAAUGUGGACAAUCAUAUAGGAACAGAGACAGCCUCGCAAGUCAUUAUCGAUUUCAUACCGGUGAAAAGCCCUAUACGUGCUUUAAAUGUGGGGAAUCAUUUAAGGAAACGUCUAGCCUUUUUUAUCAUGGCCGCAGGCACAAUGGGGAAAGGCCUUUCCAGUGUAGCGAAUGUGGAAAGGAUUUCAUCCAAAAGUCUCACCUCGUGAAACAUCAAAAAGUCCAUUGCAAGCCUUUCAUGUGCGAUGGGUGUGGGAGUGUCUUCACUUCAGGUUACAGCCUCAUUAGGCAUAAAAGAGCUCACCACACGCAAAAGCAAUAUGAGUGCAAAGAAUGCGACAAAGUGUAUUGCAAUAGCUCUGGCCUCUAUAAACAUCGCAAGGUUCACAAUAAAUAGAAAGGCACUGAGAACAAAAUAUGUCCAAAGUCCCUUAGUUAUCUGAACACCUGAACAUUCCCUGGGGGCUGGGGGAGGGAAACCAUGAACACUUCAAAUGUGGAGGAUGUCCUCCCAGACCCUCAUGUGGUGGGCUCCUCGUCAGAGAAGCUUCUUGCUGGCAAUGAACUCAGCCAGCCACAACUGGACAGUACAGAGAGUGAGAGACUCUGGAGCACUCAGCCCUAAAUGCCAUGUCUUCUUCAAACCCUCCCCUCAAGGCUCAGGGAUCUCUGGGGGAGAGGCGGGAGAAAGAUUAUAUGAGCCAGAGGUGCUGGAUGAUUCCCAGGAAAGAGUAACGUCUGUUUAUACACAUGAGGACUGGUAGAAAUGGAAGUCACAGACUGGCAGCACAGACAAGACACACUCAAACCCGACAAAGUCCUAGUACUGAGAGGGGAAGAAGUGCACACAAAAUCCCCCUCCUAACCAAGAAGCAAUUGAUUACCCAAGUUUUCUCCAGAGAACUAUCACUGGAUAUAUGAACCACACUCCAAAGAGGCCGUAUGCCCAGGAGUAGCUGACCAGCAGAUUGUUUUUGUUGUUGCUUAGUUUUAGUAUUUUGUUUUUCAGAGAAAGUAAAACCAUUAAUUGAGUGGGUAGGGAGGUGAGAAGAGUCUGGGUGGAGUCAGGGAAGGGAAAGACUAUGACCAA